AAUAUGGUGCAGAUUUUUGAACGAUUUAUAACAAAUUUUUGGUUGAUUUAUUUAGUUAUAUAUUUAUCGGGAAUUGUAAAUGUUGGAGGAAUUGAAGAUGAAGUAAUUCGAGAAUUUUUACCUAAAAAAAAUGAUUUAACAUCACCAACCCCAUUUAUACGACGAAAUUCUUAUAAUAAAUAUGCAAAACAUAAAAAUGUUAAAAGGGAGACAAAACGGCCUUUCUUCGAAUAUGGGUCAAUAGAAGGACCUUGUCGAAAUUUUAUUGAGGGUGAUGUUGAAGCGCAAAUGUUUACAACACCAGCAUUACCUGAUGAUGACAAAUAUCCAAAUAAAACAGAUUGUGUACGAGUUAUUGAAGCUCCAAAAGAUCAUUUAAUUUUAUUGGAUUUUCGUGAAUAUUUUGAAUUGGAACAAUCGCAAGACUGUAAAUUUGAUUAUUUGGAGGUGCGUGACGGUGCUUAUGGGUUUUCAGACUUAAUUGGAGUAUAUUGUGGUGUUGGUUUUCCUGAUAUGAUUACAAGUUCUGGACGAUAUUUAUGGUUACAUUUCAGUUCAGAUGAUAGCAUAGAAUUACGUGGUUUUAAAGCAGUGUUUGAAUUUGUACCACGGCCAACAAAUAUUCCACCGGAAUUUGACGCCUGUGAAAUAAAUUACACCGAUGUUGAAGGAUUUAUAAAUAAAACCGACAUAUCAGAUGAACGAAUUAAUAAAUCCAUCGAUUACCGAGUGGCAUUAGAUUGUAUGUGGACUAUUACAGUUAAAGAAAAUUGGAAGAUUCAAUUAAAUUUUAUAGAUUAUAAAUUAGAUCGACCAAAUGAAUGUGAUAAUAAUUUCAUUGAUAUAUUUUCAAAUAAAACGGAUAUACCAUCAAGAUUAAAAACUUUUUGUGGUUCCAUACCCGAUUCAGUGGCAUCAAAGGGUAAUAUACUGUUCAUUCGUUUUUAUGCAGCUGUAAAUGCGUUAAAUUCAACAUUUUCGAUAUUAUAUACGGCGUAUCGAGACCGUGGUGAAACUGCUAAAAAUUGCAACGCUGGCGAAUACGAUUGUCAAGAUAAUACUUGUAUUGAUGAUUCACUAAGAUGUAAUAAUCGAAUUAAUUGUCGUUAUCGAUGGGAUGAGCAAGAUUGUGUGACUAAGAAAAAAAAUCUUCCAGAACAUAUUAUCAUAAUUAUGGUUGUAUUUUGUUUAAUUGUUUCUGGAAUGUGUGCAGCAUUUAUAUUUAACUGUGUGCGAAAAUUAAUGCGAGACCAUCGGCUGAUACAGGAACAUAUACGGCAAAGUCGUGAAAAUCGAUUAGAUGAAAUUAAAAGUAGAAAAAAGAAAUCGUCAUCAUCAAAAGAUGAUUUAAAAAAAUCAACAAUAUCGUUAAUUGUACCGCCAACGGCCGUUACAAUGCCACCACCUCCAUUGCCACCUGCUCAAGUUAUGCAGGGACGUAUGUCACCAACGAACAGCGUACAUUCUUCAAGUUCACAAGGUUUUCCAAUACAAAACCCUUGUUAUGUACCAUCUAGAGGCUUACAUCAAGAUUUAAUUCCAAUUUUAAAAGACACUAGUACAGGAACUAUGAAUAGUUGUGAAGAAGGUCCAGAAGUUGUUCCAGAAAUGUGUGACAUGGCAUGUCAAACACGUGAAAGUUUAUUCACUACAACACCUCAUCGAAGCCUAUCAACAUUUUCUGGUGGUAACAAUAGUAUAAAUAAUCAAAGUUAUGGAUGGAAAGUGCAAGCAAGUCAACAUUCCCAAGAUAGCAGUAAACAUACUAGUAAUGAUUUAAGUCAAACAACUUCACAACGAUCACAACCACCGUAUCGAGCGGAAGUGGCCAUUGAAGUUCAACAGCAACAACCAGAAAAAUCGGCUUCACCGGGUCACACAAAUAAAUGUCAAAAACAACAUCGACCGCAACAACGACCAUAUAGUGUUCAAACGACAAAAUCAGCACCAGAUGUGAUUGUGACUCACUGACAAUAUCUAUCCCUGCCUAGGCCAACUUGGGAACCAUAUAGACGCAGAGUACCUCGACAAUAUCUACGAACUUCACGUAAAUUAAUUAAUAAUUAUGUAUCUAAUACUUCUUUUGAUGAUCAUGUCUUAAUUCGUGAUGCUGAAACUCAAACUUCGAAAUUUUUUAAUUGUUAAUUAUUUUUUUGAUCUUUCAUUAAAUGAGUUUACACUUUUGAUGUAUAGAUAAAUUGAUUUCAUGAUUUAAGCUUGUCUUGGCACGGAAAAUAGGUAAAGAAAAAUUUCUAAAACAUGAGGUUUUUCAAGCAAUAGUCUGAAUACCAGUAAGCAUAUGAUAUCAUUGAUAAAUAUAUCUCUAGAAAUUAUUAUAUGAAUGAAUUAUGCUUAACCUAGUAACGUUUUUCUCUGCGGAAAUUCCUCGAUAAAACUCGGUGUUCGUUGUCUGACAUUCUAAAAAUUCUAAUUUUUCUCAAAUUUCAAGGACUGUCAUUUUACAUAGUUGGGCCAAAAUUAACUGUAACAGAUACAGCAAUAUUGUAAUAUUUGCUUUAUAGUUGUCUCACACUAGGGAUGGGCGAUGUUGGUAAAAAACAUUGACAUCGGAACAUCGAUUUUUCAAUUUCUUGCCAGCGGACCAUCGAUGUUUUUAAGAAAACAUCGUAACAUCUAUUGUUGAUAUCGAUGGUAAGAAUAAUCCCGAAAAUUUGAAAGAACAAAAAUCAACAUUUAUACAUUUAAGUAAAUAACAAUAUUACUAAAUCUAAUCUCAAAUUUUUUCGAUUCUUUUCAACUUGGUAAUUAUCAAUAAUGAUAGAUAAUUUUUAUAAUUUUCAACUCAUCACACUCACUGUAACAUAUGCAGAAGAAACGAAAACAAACAUUCUUUUAAAUAAUAGAAAUAAAUUCAUUUUUCUCAAAUCGAUUUAUUAUUGAAAAAAGAAAAAAAGUUAAAAUUUUAUAUCAAGAUAAUAAUUUUCGUGUCUUCUUACUUUCGACUCGACGAUGUCGAUGGUUCAUUACAUUCCAUCGAACAUCAAUGUUCCGACUUUUAAAAAAACGACCAUCAACAUCGAUGUUACUCCGCGGAAACAUCAAUGUAUUUCGCCCAUCUCUGACAUGGAAAAAUAUCUUCCCAAAAAAUAUUGAUAGUCGAAACAUCGAUGUAUAUCGCCCAUCUCUAUCUCACACUAAUUAUUUGCUCUUCAAAUAAUAAUCAUAUUAAUAAAUGAACAGUUUAUACUUUAUAAGUAGUUAUUGAUAUAAAAUUGUAUUUUUAUUUCGAAAUUUCAUUGAAUAAUUCUGAUUAUAUUUUCGGAAAUCAUUGUUCAAUAAAUAUUAUUACGAUUAUAGAAAAAUCAUACGCCAGGAUAAGCUUAGCAAGAGCAAAGAGAUAUGUGAUUUAAAUGUAUUUCAAAUAUCGGCCUAGAAUUUUAAGACUUAAAUCUUUAUGUUGACAGUGUAAACUCUGGUUGUCGCUUGAAAGUUUAGCUCGAAAAAUUAAAAAAAACGUAUUUUUAAAGUAACACUGCGUCUUAAACAAUUUGUUGACGUGAUUUUUUUUUAGAAAAUAAUUGUUAUUUAUUGAGAUGUGCUCUAAACAAAGACUGUUUUUGAAUGUUAAACAAUUUUAUUAACAGUAUUUAAUAAUAAGUCUAGUAAUAAUGGGGUUUAACUUCCGUUCUUUGAGCUUAUUUAAUACGAUCAAUGUUAUAGUAAAAUUAACAGGAUAUAAGAUUUAAGAGUUAUCAAACUACAAAAAUUUACGAAAUUAAUCGGUAUAAAAGAACGUUAGAAUUGUGUUCUAUAUUCUCUAAAAAGCAUUAUUUACUCGGGGCUUUACUUGAAAAUAGGGUCAUAAUAAUUUUGAUGGUUUAUGGCUCAAUUAUAAUUUAUUUACAUAUUUAUAUAACUCACCUUUUUAACCUUAUGGCAAAUUGUAACUGAGGCAUAAACACCUAUCAUCAUUUUGUCAAUUUUUUCCAUUUUAUUGCUAGAUUUACUACACCUAAGCACGGAGUAAAUAUUGCAAGUAUUGCAAGUAAAAAUUUAGGAUUGUUAAGACUAAUAGUAUAUUACACAUCUAGGGAGCAAAAGUAAAUAAUGUCUAAAAUCUCAUGUUCAUUGUCGCCCAAGCCGAAACCGAGGGUGGCAAACAUGAGAUCUGAGACAUUCUUUACCUGCUCCCGUGGUGUGUAUACAAUUUUUCUGCUCGACCGAGGCGGGAAUUGCGGCAACUUCGUUUAGCACAGCGGGGCGAAAGUUGACAUUUUCGCCCGGAGAGGAGAAAAAAUUAUUUUUACACGGCGAAUUUACAUUUUUCUAAUGAAUAAAGUGUAAAAAAAAAAGUUGAUGAGUUGGUUCUCUAAAAUUCUCACUAAUUUUAAAGUAAUUUAAAAUAAAUAAAGAGUUGGUGAUCAUGAGAUCAAAUAACUUAAAAACAAAGAACAUAUGCAAGUAAUUAAAAUAUUAUUUGCUAACGCAAAUUAAACUUCCACGGCAUUUGGAUCAGCAAAGAUGUCUGUUUUUAAUAGCAAGCACAUCUAUUAUCGCGACACUGAUUUACUGUAGGCUUACAACUACAUUUUUUGAAUCCCUGGUCACCGAAAGUUGACUGACUUGCGACAGCGUCCCUCAAAGAAAUUUUAUUAAAUGAAAUUUUGCCGGCCUAUCUGAAUACUGUAACUCGUUCAGUGAAAUACAAUUUUUAAUAGUACCACAAUUAAUUCCAAUUUUUGUCACUACACUCUUUCUUCGUACUAAUUUUUGGGUAAACGCAAUCAAAUUGUGAGAAACACCAACAACUAGUGGUGUUGAAAUACCUGCAGCCGUUGCUCUCAACUUAAGAAAAAUGAUUUAAAACAAUUCAAAACCAUUAAAAUUUUAAUAAUUUUGAAUGAUUUUAAAUCAUUAAAUCGUUCGUUACCGUUUAAAACGAUUCAAAAAUUUAUAUAGAACGAUUGAUAUAGAUUUAAAUAGUUUUGAAUCGUAGCAGACAAUUUAAAACUAUUAAAAAUGAUUGAACGAUUGGAAAUGCUUUGGCAGUGUGUGGGUAUCAGUGCCAGGUGGCAGAAACUGGAAAUAAAUUUAAAUAACUUGGCUAGGCAAGUAGUUAAACGUUAUCGAUCCAAAUCAUUUGCUUAGCUGUUAGAUUGAAUGACUGAAUAUCCUUCAGGCUACUAGAUAAACGAAGCUGUUUAGAAAAAAAGGCUCGACUAUUAAUUAAACGGCUAAUUAAAGUUGGCUACGAAAUAUGUAUACAUUUAAAAAAAUUUAUAUACAUUCAAACGAAAUUAAAAAAAUACAUCACAUGAACUGAAUUUAAACCCCAUCAUUAACAGUAUUACAUACAUGUAUGAAUUGACCAAAAUUUUUAUUAAACAAAAAUCAAUAUUUAUUUGAUUAAAAA